AUGGACGUGAAUGUUGUGAAUAAACAUGGUUUCACAGCUUUAGACGUAGUUGAGCAGAUGCCUAAAGAUGUGAAAACCAUGGAAAUAAAGGAGCUCCUUAUCUCAGCUGGUGCUCUGAAUGCUAAAGAAAUUAAGAAAGCAGUAACCACGAGCAAUAACCCAAGGGUACAUGACGGAGUAGCAGCUGAUUAUGACGGGGAAGCAGGAGAAAGCAAGCUGAGAAUGAUGUGGAAGCAGGUUAAAAACUUCACUAUCUUUCAAGAGAAGAAGGAAAAGAGAGACGAGUCAUUAUUGGUAGCAGCAACUGUAGUAGCCGCGAUGGCUUACCAAGCAGCUAUUAGCCCUCCAGGAGGUAUGGCUGGAAUGGACGCUGCAGAAGAAACGAGAGACUCAAUUUCCCCUUUCAAAAAAUCAUAUUAUUUUGGACCUGCAUAUUCCCUUCUAGCCCUAUUUGAUCCCGAAAUCAGCAAUGACUUUUGGAUAUUCAACACCACCGCUUUUUUGGCUUCUCUAAGUGUGAUCUUUAUCUUUGUAAGCGGUGCAGCUCUGAAAAGACCAAUUUUUCUGUGGCUUAUUCGCGCGGCCGUGUGGAUCACUCUCUCAUCAAUGACUUUCGCCUAUGUUUAUGCAGUAAAAGCCACAACCCCAAAAAGUAAUGAUGAUAAAUUGAAUGAUGACACAUUUGUUGCAGUCGAGCUGGGACUAUUUAUAUGGAUAGGAUUCAUUUCCCUGUCCUUUUUCGUUCUAAUUUGUCGUUCAAUCCGCCAUGUGGUGGGAAAGAAAAGGGCUAAGAGGAAUAUAAAUACCAGGGAAGCUGCCGCUGCCUCCAGAGCCCAAAUCCUGAUAUUGUCUGAAAAAAAUAUUUAA